UAUUAGCAGCGGUGAAUCCUUUUCCUGAUAUCUCAUAGCACCAGAAAAAUGAUUGUCAUCAUCAAGGGCUCUUACACAGUAAAGCCGAAGUACCCAACGAAAACAGGUUCUCUUUACCUUUCUGAAUGGGACCAAGUAGGAAUUCUGACUCAUGUGCCCACAAUCUACUUUUACAGACCAUCACCAGACUGGCUCACUCCAUCUGAUAAGAUUAUCAAUACCCUGAAAGACUCGUUAAGCCGUGCACUUGUGCCGUUUUAUCCACUUGCUGGGCGUUUGCGCUCUACGAGCAACGGCCGUCUUGAACUUGACUGCAGUGCCGUGGGUGUCCAGCUCAUUGAGGCAGAAUCACAGUCUAAACUAGAGGAUUUGGGUGACUUCUCGCCGUCUCCUGCGUUCAACUACCUGAUCCCACCUGUGGACUAUACGCUUCCGAUACAUGAGCAACCACUGAUGCUAGUUCAGCUCACGAAGUUCCAAUGUGGUGGUGUUAGUCUUAGCUUAAGUAUAUCUCAUACUGUUGCAGAUGGGCAAAGCGCGCUUCAUUUUAUAUCUGAGUGGGCACGAAUGGCCCGAGGCGAACACUUAGGCAUUGUUCCAUUUCUCGACAGGAAGGUCCUGCGAGCUGGCAAUGCUCCAAUGGAGGAGCCAGUUUUUGACCAUAAGGAGUUCAAUCAUCCACCGCUCCUGCUGGGGGAAUCAAAUAAUUUGGAGCAAAGAAAAAAGAAAACCACUGUAGCCAUGCUUAAGCUGACCAAAGACCAAGUUGACAAAUUAAAAAGAAAGGCUAAUGAGGGAAUGAGUGUAGACACUGGCCGUGCUUAUACUAGAUAUGAGACCUUGACUGGUCAUGUAUGGAGGUCUGCAUGCAAAGCUCGAGGACAUCAGCCUGGGCAACCAACAGCAUUGGGAGUUUGCGUUGAUUUGCGUAAGCGGAUGCAACCCCACUUGCCUGAUGGUUAUUUUGGCAAUGCCACUAUUGAUGUAAUUGCAAUUAGCACUUCCGGUGAGCUUAUAACAAAGCCACUAGGAUAUGCUUCAGGAAAGAUAAGGGAGGCAAUAGAAAAGGUAACAAAUGAGUAUGUGAACUCAGCUAUUGCUUUCUUGAAGAAACAAAAAGAUUUGACAAGGUUUCAGGACCUGAAUGCAAUAGGAGGUGUUGAAGGGCCUUUCUAUGGAAACCCUAAUCUAGGAGUUGUCAGCUGGUUAACUCUGCCAAUGUACGGUCUUGAUUUUGGGUGGGGGAAGGAAAUUUAUAUGGGGCCAGGAACUCAUGAUUUUGAUGGGGACUCGUUGCUUCUGCGCGGUCUUGAGGAAGAUGGAUCUUUAGUUCUUGCAGUAUGUUUGCAGGUAGCUCAUAUGGAAGCUUUUAAGAAGUACUUCUAUGAAGAUAUCUGAUUAUUUGGACAAGUAUCAAUAAAAUUCAGGAGAACUUGCGAAGAAUUAAUUACUAAAGAAGGAAUAGAAAGAUAACAAAAAGGAGAAAUUAAGACGAAUAAACCUAUGAUUAGAUUGUGGCUUAAAUUAUCGUAGUUGUAUGAUCUUUGCACAUUUAGUAAGAUAUUAUUGAAAUCUUCCAGGAAUGAAUGAACUACAAGUUUUUCUUCU